CUAAUUCAAGUAUCCAACCCUUCGUUCUUUAUAGCAACCGAUGACGAGGAACAGAAAACCUGUCUUAUACUUCUCUACUUUGCUUUUUUGUUUUGGUUAGCCAACCAAUCUAACCCAGAAUUGAUAAUCCCACUCUUCAAUUCCCUCAAAAUUUUUCUUCCAAAAUUCAUUUCCACUAUUUUCAGAUAUUUCAUCACUAAAAUCUCCUCGAGUUAACCUAAUCACUCCAUUCUUAUUUCCUCUCGGAAAAAAACCUAAUCAAUCAACUUUACGCGGUUUCAUUCUCCGAUCUUUUUCGUUUCCUCGUAAUUUUUUAGCGAUCACCCAUUUUCGUUAAAUAUGUUUACAAGGGUUUUCGGUAAACCUAAGGAAGGAACAACGAGUGCUGUUGCAACGUUAGACAAAUUGAGUGAGACACUCGAAAUGUUGGAAAAAAAAGAACAGGUGCUUUUGAAGAAGGCUGGUGCUGAGGUUGAAAAGGCCAAGGAGUUCACUAGAGCAAAGAACAAACGUGCUGCUAUAACUUGUCUGAAGAGGAAGAGGCUAUACGAACAACAAAUAGAGCAGCUUGGAAACAUGCAGUUGCGAAUUCAUGAUCAGAUGAUACUGCUUGAAGGGGCAAAGGCAACAACAGAGACUGUCGAUGCAUUGAGGUCUGGUGCCUCGGCUAUGAAGGCCAUGCAAAAGGCAACAAACAUCGAUAAUGUGGAUAAAACUAUGGACGAGAUCAAUGAGCAGACAGAGAACUUAAAACAAAUACAGGAAGCUCUCUCUGCUCCAAUCGGUGCAGCAGCUGACUUUGAUGAGGAUGAACUGGAAGCAGAGCUUGAAGAGCUAGAAGGUGCUGAAUUGGAGGAGCAACUUAUACAGCCAGCUACUACUGCUCCUGCUGCACCAGUGCAUGCUCCUGCUGGAAAACAACCUGUACGCCCUGCACCUCGGAAGAAUACUGCUGAAGAGGAUGAGCUCGCCGCGUUGCAAGCAGAGAUGGCACUGUAGAGAGCAUGUGGCGACUACUUACGAGGCAGGAGGGGGAUAGGGCAAAUACAAGAGGUCGAUGUCGAAUAAGUAACAGGGGAAUGACAAAGAUAUUGCCGGAUAACAUCUUCCUAACCCUUACUAGUGAGCAGGUGAAGCCAUGAAGGUCGAUUGUCAUGAAAGAGAGGGAAGUUGCGAAAGGGAAGACUAGCAGAUGAGGGUUCACGUCUCAUUCCCUUUGGUUGAUCUUCAGAAAAAACUGCAUACCCUGAAUGAUAUGCUAAUGUUCAAUUUUUUUUUUUUCAUUCUUAUAAUCUCCUCCCUUUCACUCAUGCAUGCUUGUAUAUAUGUGACAGAGACAUAUAGGCUUAGCCAUGCCCAUCUGGCUGACAUAGAUAGUAAGCCUUGUUUUUUCUUUGUUGAUGGUAGACUGGUAGUGUUCCUUUCCUGUUAUGCUGUAUGGGUUUAGUAAAAUGUCGGAGGAGCUGUCUAUUAUACUA